AUGGACGACUGUUUUCUGCGAGUUUGUGUUGUGAUUGCUCUUAUUUGCGGCGCUCAGGCCACAUACUCCUACCACGCGUCGCGGUGUGAGUGCGGCGGUCUGUCUCGGUACUGUCUGCGAGAUGCUUUGGGCCUGCGCUGUGUGGACUGUCAGGGUAAUACAGAGGGCCGCCACUGUGAGCGCUGCAGAGCUGGCUUCUACCACCAGGGGGCGCAGAGGAGCUGCACGGCCUGCCAGUGCCAUGCCGCAGGUUCAGUGAGUUCUCAGUGUGACAGCAGGGGGCGCUGUAGCUGUGCAUCUGGCUUCACUGGACACAAGUGUGAUCUGUGCGCAGACGGACAGACGAUCGGAGCAGACGGGUGCAAACGCAGCCGUUCGAACAGACAGGAUUCUGGGAGUUGGAGUCCGUCUUGCUUCUGUUUCGGUCACAGCUCUGAGUGCUCCGUGCAGCCAGGAUACUAUGUCCACAACAUUAGCUCCAGCUUUUCUGAAGGUCUGGACGGCUGGAGGGCUGCGACUCCGGACGGAAACACCCCCAGGAACGUGCACUUCCGCUGGUCGCCACGACAUCAAGAUGUGGAGGUCAUCUCCUCCAGCAGCCUGCCGGUGUACAUGUAUGCUCCAGCACGCUUCUUGGGGGACAAGCUCCACAGUUAUGGUCAGAACUUGUCCUUCGCUCUGCGUCUGGACAGAGGAGUGAGACAUCCGUCAGUCACAGAUGUCAUCCUGGAGGGGGCGGGCCUUAGCGUGUCCACUUCACUUGGAGACCUGAGACACAGCGUCCCCUGUGGACAGAAGCUGCACUACACCUUCAGGUUGGAUGAAAAGCUCUGGAGUCCUCAGCUCAGCUCCUUCAUGUUCCAGACGCUGCUACAGAACCUCACAGCCAUCAAGAUCAGAGCCACCUUCGGAAAUGAAGGUCGGGGAUACCUGGAUAACGUCUCCCUGGUCUCUGCCCAUCCCAGCCCAGGCACAGCUCCAGCGAGGUGGGUGCAGACCUGCCAGUGCCCCCCUGCUCUGGAGGGCCAUCAGUGUGAGCGCUGUUCCCCCGGAUACAUGCGCACCCAGGCCAGCCGAGGGUCCUUCAGUGCCUGCCAGCCCUGCCAAUGCCCCAAAGGCAGCUGUGACGCACUGACCGGAGAAUGUCUGUCCUCUGACGACAACAACCAGGGCUGUCCCACCGGAUACACAGGAGCUGGCUGUUCCGACUGUGCAGAGGGCUUUUAUCGGGAGAACGUUCGUGGAGACGGCUUCCCUGCUCCCUGCCAGCCGUGCGAGUGUGACCAGCAGGGGGCAGUCUCCACACAAUGCUCCUCCUCUGGGACGUGUGAAUGCAGACCCGGGUUUGAGGGUCAGAAGUGUUCAGAGGCCAAGUGUCCGGCCUGCUUCAACCCGGUCAUCACACGGCUGGACCAGUUCUGGCUCAGAGUGCAGGACCUGGACUCACUGGCGUCGGACCUGGACCCCUCUAACUCUGACCAAACAGAGGCAGCGCUCAGGGCCGCCCGCAGGCAGCUGGAGGAACUGCAGGACGACCAGAUCCUGGCUUCAGAUGCAGAGAGGCGCCUGAAGAAGCGUCUGACCUCAGUGACCGCAGAUCAGCUCAGAGCAGAGCAGCAGCUGGACCGUGUGUCUCAGCGCGUGCAGGACGUCCAGGACCAGCAGGCCUCAUACCGGGACAAGCAGGACACCACCCAGGACCUGAUCCAGGACAUGAGGGGGCUCCUGCGGCAGGCCAGGGCCGCACUCACAGCUCUGGAGCGUCCUCAGGCGGACUCCCCCUCGGAGCAGGCAGACACCAACCCUCUGACCUCUCUGCUGGACAAGGCUCUGGACCUACUGAAGACGCAGCAGUCGGCCGCCUCCUCCGUGGCUGAGGACUCGUCUGUGGCGGCGCAGGACACUCAGCAGAGCGCCGAACUGCUCCGACGUGUGCUGGAGCGCGAGGGGAAAGUCCAGCAGAGCGCCCAGGACCUGAAACGCACGUUCGAGCAGAUCUCCGCUGAGGUGAAGGAUCUAGAGGCACGUGCUCCUGGGGUCAGCUCUGACGCCACAGACCAGAGCAGGAAGGCCGCCGCCCUGCUGAAGGACCUGCUGAACCUGGAGAAGCAGCUCCCCACCUCCUUGCAGGCCGAGGCAGACGCCAUGAGCUCUGGUGUGGACCGUCUGAAAGCAGAGGCCGAGGGGAACAUGGAGGACCUGGACAGACUCAAAGCAGCUACAGAGGAGGAGCAGAGCAGCGCUGUGAAGCUGCUGGACCAGGGGAAGGCCGCGCAGGAGACCUUUGACAAACUGGUGGACCGAGUGGACCAGGCCAAGUCCGACACUGAGGACGCUCUCAGGAGGAUCAACAGCAACACGGCCUCGCUGGAGGACUCUCUCAGCACUCUCAAAGGUUUUGAGCAGCAGAUGGAUGGAGCCAAAUCCCUUGCAGACGCCGCCAUCGCUCGUCUUCCGGCCAUCCAGGCCACGGUGAAGUCUGCCCAGAAGGACAACACUAAUGCUCAGGGCUUGGUGGAAGCCGUAAGGGAGCAGCUGGACCAGGCGGGACAGGGGAGGGACCAGCUGAAGGCGGCUGUGGAUAAACUUGAGGCCUCGCGGGUGCUGCUCCCUAGUGGCCUCCUGGAGAAUGCCACUGUCCUGAGGAAUGACGCUGAGCAGCUGGAGGCAGACUCCUUCUCCACUGCAGACACAGUCAGGAAGGAGCUGGAGGAGGCUCGCAAACUGAAGCGUGACUCAGAGCAGGGGGUGGAGGAGGCGCAGGCGGCUCUGGAGAACAGCCUGAGGAGCAGGGACGCGGUGAGGAGGACCCUGAGGGACGUCCACAGCAUGAUCAACAGUCUGAAUGGCUCAGAGCCCCUGGACCUGUCCCGGCUGCAGCGUUUAGAGCAGUCCCUGUUGGAUGCGCAGAGGGACCUGACCCUCAGCCUGGGGCCCCGUCUGGAGCAGCUGCAGGAGAAGGAGAGGGCCCACAGGCUGCACCUCCUGGGCCUGGAGCAGAACCUGUCCACUAUCCUCUCAGAUAUCCAGAAUGUGGAGGACAUACUGAACACUGUCCCCAAGGGCUGCUACAACAACCCACCUCUGGAGGAGGCCUGA